AUGAAUGAAUGUGGCGGUGACAAGGCCGCUUUCGUGAAGCUAGUGACCAAGCGCCACAAGCGCAGUCGCAAGGGCACGUUCCGGGUGAAAGCGGGAUUUUACACCCCGGCACAGAUGAAGGACACUCUGAACUAUACUCCGCAGCGGAUCGCGGCCAUUGUGAAGUAUUGUUCUGCCCAACACCGCAAGCACGACCAUCGUGAGAAGGACAAAUACGAAAAGGGUUUGUGGAAAUACUGGGUGGAGGAAAACAUGUUGGCCGAGUUUGAGGGGGGCACGCCUGUGAAACUGCCUACCCUGACUCGAAGGGCUGAGGAACCCCGAAGUCCUCAAGGACAUCGAAAACACGGAGGACUUCUACAGCCAGUCGCCAGAGGUCCAACGAUCAACGUGACGAGGAGGACCCGGACGAGACCUUGCCCGCCUUGGAGGAGUUGCUCAAAGAGCAGAUGUCUCCGGUCCAGAUGCCACAAAGCAGUGGCCUUGAUUUGGGCCCUUGAAGGCAUCCGAAAGCACAAGACCUUGUUGCUGAAGCUUCACGACGAGCUUGCUGAGAUCAAGACGGACAUCGAUUCACAGCGUGCUCAACCUUCGGAAGAGACCAUGAAGAAGUUGAGUGGCAAGUUCAUCGAAGUUGAGAAAUCGGUGGGUCGAGCCGCUGUCGAAGCCAACAAGGUCAAGAAGACCGUCCUGAAGGGCGUGAAGCCCUCUGGCAAGAUGCCCAAGUCCAAGGCGAAGGCCAAGGCGUCGCUUCAUCAAGUUUUUCUUCCAAACCUGCUGGUUUGA